GAUUGCCCGAAGCACUGUUACUGCAUUAACAUGGGCUCAGAAAAAUCAGAUUUAGGAGCCUUGGUCAGCAAAAUCCCAUUUAGCCAUCCGAAAUGUGUGCCUGGUGUAAUAGAGAUUCUUCGACAUCAGGUGGCAUAUAACAGUCUCAUUAGCAGCUGUGUCUCCCAGGAGCAUAUAAAUGAAGAUGAUUCAGAACUGCUUUACUUUGAAGUGGUACCACACAAGAACACCAGUUUUUCUGUCUUCUUCCUUCAUCCUGUGACAGAAAAUUUAGCCUGUGUGGUAAUUGAUGUGAGAACAUCCAGAGAAGUUCAGUGUCACCUUCAUUUAAAUCCUCAAGAUCCAACUUUAAAUUCUAGUGAUGAUUUUAUAACAAGAGUUAUGAAACGUUGCAUGUCAGUCCCUGUAGUCAUGAGAGCUAUUUUCAGGAAUGCGGCCAAGGUGAAAGCUGAUAGUGAAACACAAGACAUGGAAGCAGACUUGAAACAAGAACCUGAACCAGCCUCUGAACCAAUUAUGGAUUCCAAUAGUCUUGAAGAAAGUCCUUCUGUGCCUGGGCAGCAGGGUUUGGUAGUGACAGAUAAGCCAAGUAUUACAGAAGAAGAAAAUCUCUCCACAACCAAACUGGAAACUGUGGGUAAUAAUACAGAAGAAAGUAACCCCACAGUAAGCACAGAAACUUUGUGCAGAGUGGAGGAAGGCAAUUCCACAGCUAGUACAGAAGCUGUUAUGACAGAUAAGUAAAACACACUAUCUAUUUUUUGAUAG